AUGGUCGCAAUGAAAUCACUCGUCGUCCUUCUCCCAUUCUUCUUGUCCAUGGCUGUUGCACUACCUCCAAUUCCAGCAGCAUACAACGAGACUGCUCCUCUGUCUGCCGAGGCCUGGGAUGUGUCCGCCCUGGAUGGGUCAGUCAAUGUCAACUUCUACGAGGACAAGAACCCCGACAGCAGCACCAAGAUUGAUCCCAAUACCUGCAGGGGCAAAGCCAUUAUCGCAUUGAUGAAGUGGCGCUCCAACUGCAAGACAUUUAAUGCCAUCUUCCGUAGCAGCUGCUACACCCAUGCACCCAGCCAUCACAACUGCUGCCCUGUGCCUCAUAAGAAGAGCUGCACACACUACUGGCCAAAACCUGGAGAGUGGGAAGAAUGCCUGAGGAUGCGGAGGGAAUGUGGCCGAGACUGCCACUGGAAGACUUUGACCAACAGUGUCCAGUGGUGCUGGAAAUAUGCCCCAGAUAUCUAA